GGGUUGGGAGGAGCAAGUCGACUGGUGGGCUGGGCGGACCGCGAGCGGCCGGGAGCGCGCUGUGGACUCCGCGGCCGCGAGUAGUUAGUUAGUUGUGUCAGUUGCUCGGUGGCGGCCGCUGUGAUCACCAGAAAGGGGACGGGACAGGCGGCAAUGGUGAACAUCGCAGCGGCGUGUGCUCUCCUCAGGUGUCUGCCUAAUGCACAACUUACGCUAGAUGUUUCUUGGUGGCUUAUCUAGAAAACCUAAGACACAGGUCCCAGGAGCCCCUGUCCUGGAGUGGACUGAAAAGCCUCUUCCCUGAGGACUAGCUUUCAUGCUACCUGAAGGCACCAUGCCAACUUUCAAAGGAGGAAAGCAACCAACAGUUCUACCUAGUGAGGGCACAUAUGAACCAGUGACAAGCAUGGCACAGUCAGUAACCUUACUGGUGCAGAAGUGGCAUACAUACCCUGUUGGUAACCAACAGCUCUCUAAUUGGACUUAAACCCUACUCAGCAGUAAACAUUGGUGCCUACCUUCAGAGUAUAGAAAUGAGAGGCCAGGAGGAAAGGACAGUCACCAUAAGAAGAUUUGAAUCACUUAGAGGUUGUAAAGGAAUGUAGAACUUGCUGCUAAACUACCUUGGCCACCAGAAUGAACGAAGUGCUACGGAGCUAAAUGAUUGAUCAUACUUAGAAGAGCUGCUAUGACAACAUAGGGAAGUGAAAACUAACAGAUGCAAAUGCAAGUCUUGCUAUGCACUGAAGAAAAAGCAUUGUCUGUGAAGUUCUAUUUUUAAAAAUGUCUGCUUGUAACACCUUUACUGAACACGUUUGGAAACCUGGUGAAUGCAAGAAUUGCUUUAAACCUAAAAGCUUGCACCAGCUUCCUCCAGACUCUGAGAAGACACCCGUCACCCACGGCAAUGUGAAAACUAAUGCCAAUCAUAGUAACAACCACCGCAUCAGGAACACUGGGAAUUUCCGGCCCCCCGUGGCUAAAAAGCCCACCAUAGCUGUGAAGCCCACUAUGAUGGUGGCAGAUGGGCAAAGUGUGUGUGGUGAGCUUAGCAUCCAAGAACACUGUGAGAACAAACCUGUCAUCCUGGGAUGGAACCAAAACAAGACUUCUUUGAGCCAGAAACCACUUAACAACAAUUCUGAAGGUGAUGCUGAAGGGUUUGGCCAUGUUCCUCAGCAGUGUGGCAAGAAUGACAGUGCAAAAAAGAUAGCCAGUAACAACAAUGGACUAACUGAGGUGCUGAAGGAGAUAGCGGGUCUGGACGCCACCCCUCAGAGAACAGGAAAUGAAACAAACUCCAGAGAAACAUUCUUAGGCAGGAUAAAUGACUGCUACAAACGGUCACUGGAAAGGAAGAUCCCACCAAGCUGCAUGAUAGGGAGCAUCAAGGACUCUCAGGGCAAGCAUGUCGUUCUGAGUGGGAGCACAGAGGUCAUCAGUAAUGAAGGGGGCAGGUUCUGCUACCCUGAGUUUUCAAGUGGUGAGGAGAGUGAGGAAGAUGUGCUUCUCAGUGCCAUGGAGGAGGAGCAUGAGAGCUGGGAUGAGAGCGAUGAGGAACUCUUAGCCAUGGAGAUUCGCAUGAGGGGCCAGCCUCGCUUUGCCAACUUCAGGGCAAACACGCUGUCUCCAGUCCGGUUCUUUGUGAGCAAAAAAUGGAAUACCGUCCCCUUACGGAAUAAGUCACUGCAGAGAAUCUGUGCUGUUGACUAUGAUGACAGCUAUGAUGAAAUACUUAAUGGUUAUGAGGAAAAUUCUGGGGUCUCCUACGGUCCAGGAAGCAUUCAGAGCAUGGCAUCCUCUGACUCCACAUCACCAGACUCCUCUUUUACAGAAGAGUCACGUUCUGAAACAGCCAGCAGCUCAUCCCAGAAGAUUUGUAAUGGAGUGAUAUCCCCUGCUAACCCUGGAAAUUCUAAAGACGUGGCAGAAACCCAGUCUAACCAUGCAAGUCCUCCUGGUAAUAGUGAGGAGAAGGACUCAGCGGUGACUUCUAAAAGCUCAGCAAAAGUUCCAGAGACACACAAAGCCGUCCUUGCUCUCCGCUUACAGGAGAAGGACGGCAAGAUUGCAGUUCAAACUGAGAAGCCAGAGAGCAAAGCUUCUACAGAUAUUGCUGGCCAAGCAGUCACCAUAAGCCUCGUCCCUGCCGAAGAGCAAACCAAACCCUACCGUGUUGUAAAUCUGGAACAGCCACUAUGUAAGCCAUAUACUGUUGUGGAUGUGUCAGCAGCCAUGGCCAGUGAGCACCUUGGGCGCCCCAAGAUAAAAGGGUCAUCUUCUACUCCAAACUCUCCAGUAACAUCACCUGCCUUGACACCAGGGCAAAUAAAUGCCCAUCUCAAAAAAUCCAGUGCCAUCCGAUACCAGGAAGUGUGGACUUCCAGCACCAGUCCACGACAAAAGAUCCCUAAAGUAGAAUUAAGUAGUGGAGGAACUGGGCCAAAUGUCCCUUCAAGGAAAAACUGCCAUAAAUCAGCACCCACUUCACCCACAGCUACAAACAUUUCCUCCAAAACUAUCCCUGUUAAGUCACCUAAUUUGUCUGAGAUAAAAUUUAAUAGUUACAACAAUGCUGGGAUGCCACCUUUUCCCAUUAUCAUUCAUGAUGAGCCAUCCUAUGCUCGAAGUUCCAAAAAUGCUAUUAAAGUUCCCAUUGUUAUUAACCCAAAUGCAUAUGACAAUCUCACCAUCUACAAAAGUUUUCUGGGAACAAGUGGAGAACUCUCUGUGAAGGAAAAAACCACAAGCGUAAUAAGCCAUACUUACGAAGAAAUAGAAGCUGAAAGCAAGGUGUCUGAUAAUGCCGCUAACCAGCUUCCAGACUGUCCCCAAGCUAAAGGGUUUUCCAACAGCACAGAGCGUAAAAGAGGCUCAGUAGCUCAGAAGGUCCAGGAGUUCAACAAUUGUCUCAACAGAGGUCAGUCUUCUCCACAACGAAGCUAUAGUUCCAGCCACAGCUCCCCAGCAAAAAUCCAGAGACCCACUCAAGAGCCUAUGGCCAAGACAGAAGGUGUGCAAGGGUCUCAGGUGGCCGGCAGCAGUGGCAGCAGCGGCAGCAGCACCAGGGAGAAAGCAAGUGCCGUGCUUUCUCAGAUUGUGGCUUCUAUCCAGCCCCCUCAAACUCCUCCAGAAGCACCUCAGUCUAGCCCUAAGGCAUGCAGUGUGGAAGAGCUUUAUGCCGUUCCUCCAGAUGCAGAUACUACAAAAAGUAUUCCUAAAAAUACACCAGUCAGACCCAAAUCUCUCUUUACGUCUCAGCCUAGUGGAGAAGCUGAGGCACAUCAGACCACAGAAAGCCCUACUACCAAAAUUCAGAAAGAUGCAUUCACAAAGCCAAUCACUUCUCCUCCCUCCAGACUAGUGACCAGUGCCCAGAGUGAGCCACCACCUCCCUUUCCCCCACCACGGUCUACUUCCUCCCCUUACCAUGCAAGCAACCUUCUGCAGAAGCAUUUUACCAAUUGGACCAAGCCAACCAGCCCCACCAGAUCAACGGAAGCUGAGUCAGUCUUGCACUCUGAGGGCAGCAGGCGGGCAGCUGAUGCAAAACCUAAGCGCUGGAUAUCAUUUAAGAGCUUCUUCCGCCGCCGGAAAGCAGAUGAGGAAGAGGAGAAAGAGAAGGAGCGAGAGAAAGGGAAGCUGGUGGGCCUGGAUGGGACAGUCAUCCACAUGCUGCCUCCUCCUCCAGUCCAGCGCCAUCAUUGGUUCACAGAGGCGAAAGGAGAGUCUAGUGAGAAGCCAGCUAUCGUCUUCAUGUACAGGUGUGACCCCGACCAAGGCCAGCUCAGCAUGGAUCAAAGCAAGGCUGGGCCAGAGAAAGGGAGAGCAGAGGAUGUCUUGCUCCGGAGCUCAGAAGAGAAGAGAAGUAGCCAUUCUUCUCCAGCUCAGCCUCCUGACAAAGCUCACAGUCGCGUGACCCAUGAAGUGGCAGAGGAAUUUUCUCCUCAAGAUCAAAGAGUUCCUGUUGUGAGGCAAAAUGACUCUUCAGUCACACCAUCAUUGCCCCCACCUGACUUGGAAGGGGAGGAAGAAAAAGAUGAGACUUCGGAUCUUAUAGAGGUGAAUCCCUGCAGUGCAACGUAUAGCAACUUAGGACAAUCCAGAGCAGCUAUGAUCCCUCCCAAGCAUCCACGGCAUCCUAAAGGAGCGUUGGAUGACGCCAUUGCCUUUGGAGAGAAGACAGACCAAGAAGUAUUGAGUGCUUCCCAACCCACACCACCCCCACUGCCAAAGAAAAUGAUACGAGCCAACACAGAGCCAAUCUCCAAAGACCUUCAGAAAUGCAUGGCAAGUAGUCUUUGUGUCGUGGCUAAUCCCACCUAUGACAUUGAUCCCAACUGGGAUGCCAGCAGUGCUGGCUCUUCUAUUAGCUAUGAACUCAAAGGACUGGACAUUGAGUCUUAUGAAUCCUUGGAGAGACGUUUGCACAAGGAGAGACCUGUUCCUUCAGCAGCAAACAGCAUCUCCAGCCUAGCCACUCUCAGUGUUAAGGACAGAUUUUCUAACAGUAUGGAGUCCCUCUCCAGCCGACGUGGUCUCUCCUGUAGACAGGCUCGAAGCAUCCAGAAGCCACAGAGACAAGCACUUUAUCGAGGACUUGACAAUCGGGAGGAGGUGGUGGGUAAACUCCGAAGCCUUCACACAGAUGCCUUGAAGAGACUGGCAGUUAAAUGUGAAGACCUCUUCAUGGCUGGGCAGAAAGACCAACUCCGCUUUGGAGUGGACAGCUGGUCAGACUUCAGGCUAACCAGUGACAAACCGUGCUGUGAAGCUGGAGACGCAGUGUACUACACUGCCUCGUACGCAAAAGAUCCGCUCAGUAACUAUGCAGUAAAGAUCUGUAAGAGCAAAGCUAAGGAGUCGCAGCAGUAUUACCACAGCUUGGCUGUCCGGCAGAGUCUGGCUACACAUUUCAACAUCCAGCAGGACUGCGGCCAUUUCCUCGCCGAAGUCCCUAACCGCCUGCUGCCCUGGGAGGACCCUGAUGCGCCAGAAAAGGCCGAGGAUGAAACUGAAGACAGCGAGGACGAGGUGAAAGGUGAAACCUCCAGGGAAAAUCCUGAGCCCGGCACUCAAACACAGUCCUCCCAGAAAGAGAAACAGGGAGUCACAAAUAGGAAGCAAAGAAGCCAUGUUGUAGUCAUCACCAGGGAAGUUCCCCACCUCACUGUGGCCGACUUUGUGCGAGAUUCUUUGGCCCAUCAUGGGAAAAGCCCCGACUUGUAUGAGAGGCAAGUGUGUCUGCUGCUUUUACAGCUGUGUUCUGGUCUUGAACAUCUCAAGCCCUACCACGUCACUCAUUGCGAUCUACGCCUGGAGAACUUGCUGCUUGUCCAGCAUCAGCCUGGGGGAGCUGCCCAGGGCCCUUCACCCACAGACCCCUGCCCCACCUCAGCUUGUCCCACAAGGCUCAUUGUGAGUAACUUCUCUCAGGCCAAGCAGAAGAGUCACCUGGUGGAUCCCCAGAUCCUCCGAGACCAGUCCCGCCUCGCCCCGGAGAUCAUCACAGCCACCCAGUAUAAAAAGUGUGAUGAAUUCCAGACAGGGAUCCUCAUCUAUGAGAUGCUGCACCUGCCCAACCCCUUUGAUGAGAACCCAGAGCUGAAAGAGAAGGAGUACACCCGCACAGAUCUGCCUCGAAUCCCUCUCCGCUCCCCUUACUCUUGGGGCCUGCAGCAGCUUGCUAGCUGCCUCCUGAAUCCCAACCCUUCCGAGCGCAUCCUCAUUUCUGACGCCAAAGGCAUCCUCCAGUGUCUGCUCUGGGGCCCCCGUGAAGACCUCUUCCAAACCUUCGCCACCUCCACAACCCUAGUGCAGAAGAACAUUCUCCUCCAGAACUGGUUGGACAUCAAGCGAACGCUGCUGAUGAUCAAGUUUGCUGAGAAGUCCCUGGACAGAGAGGGGGGCAUCAGCCUGGAAGAUUGGCUUUGUGCUCAAUACCUGGCUUUUGCCACUACAGACUCCCUGAGUUACAUUGUAAAAAUCUUGCAACACCGUUAAUGUGGCCUGGACGUUGUUUUUAAAUAUCUCCACCUUUUCCACGUUACCCUCAUGUCCCUAUCCUAGUGCUCACUCAGAAUUCAAGGAAAGGAGAGAAGCCGGCGUGCUGUCCUCAUCCACAAACAGGGGUCCAUUUCAACAAGGUCAUUCACAGCUCUAUACAGAGUGAGAAGCUGUUUCUUUACUGCACAGUAAUUCCAUUGCAGUCACCUUCCCUUGGAACAUUUGUCAUCCUAAUAGUCCCACAAAUGUGGGGUAAAAAAUGAAAAUGCACAGCCGUGAAGGACCAGCUCCUGUGGCGUGAGCUCAGUAAGUUGCAUCCACCUCUUCCCUAACUCCGAGGCUCGCCUGUGCUAACCAGCUGGCAGUACACCCGCCAGCAGCCUCAGCUGUCACCCAGGAAUGCUCUCACGGCAGAUUCCUCUUCCUCGAAGCAUCGCUAACUGCCUCUUCCCAGGAGGACAUGCUGCUGUGCGUCUCAGCUCAAUU